AUGGAAAUACUCAUGAAAUUAUUGAUAUGCUAAUUAAUAAUUUAAGACAUCAUUCAAAUCAGUUUUAUUUGGAUAAAUACAAAUUGGUAUUAUGUUCUAUUGAAUGUCUUAUCCCUAUCAAUAUGCUUAUUACUAAUAAUAAUUGAUUAUUACAAAAUAUCAAUGAACUAUAUUAAGGUAGGUUUGCAAUUAUUAUGCAUAAUAAAUUAUGAAACCUUGUUCUAAUAGUCUAUUAAUAUUGCUAAUGCUGCUUAACUAUUCUAUAUAUUACUUAUUCUGUUUAAGAUUUAUGAUAAUGCUAUACUAACAAAGAUAAUUGUACAUCUAGUGUUAGUAUACAUGGUAAUUAGAGCAAUAAUAACUUAAUCAGAUUAUAGAAUCCAAUAUAUAUUAUUGAUAAUAUUCCUCUAACCUUUAAAUCAUUAUAUAUUUUAUACAAUGAAUACAAUAUAAUUUUCACAGUAAACUCAGACGUAAUUAAUAAUUUAAUAAAAUUCAUAAGAAUAAGUUAUAUGUUUAUCUAAUGAUAGCAAAGGAGAUAAUUUAAAAUGUGAUUUAAAUGAGAGUGUUAUUGUUAACUAAAUCGAUUAUGAAUUUGAAUCUCCUAAAAUUUAAUAAGAACAUAAAUCAAUAGGUACUAAUAAAAAUACUAUUGAACAAAGAGUUAUCAUUAAAAAAUAACCUAUAAAUGUAUAGAAAACAACUACAAAUUCUUCAGAUUCUUUUUAAUAAGAACCUCUAAAAAUGGAAAGCAAUAUGGAUUCUAAAUAUUCUGAUUUAGUAGCAAUUAUGAGUAAUCUUCCCUUUGGAAUCCUAUUUGUCGAUUAAUAGUUAACAAUUUUAGACUAUAAUUAAAAAGUGACAUAAUUAUUAGGAAUCACAAAUCCUAAUAAAAUAAUUCAAUUUUUAGAUGAAGCCAUUAAAAAGUAAAAUAUAUAAAUAAUUAUAACAGAGGUGGAGAAAUUUAAGAAGUUCGUUCUACAAAGAAAAUUAAAAAGUCAUUGAGUAAAUCACCAAAAAAAAUGUCAUUUUAUCAAUAGACGUCCAUUAAUCUAUAAAAAAGAUAAAUUAAUGAAUAAAUUUCAGAUUUAGUUUCUCAAUUUUAUAAUUGUGGAUCUCCAUCUAAAAUAGAUAAUGAAAGUUAAUAGGAAGGAAAUUUAAAGUCUAUAUUUUAAAAGUUUUAGAAAAUCCAUUAAAGUUAAUAAACAGCUGCUUCAAGAGAAACCUUUUAAUUUAUUAUUAGAUUAGAUUCUAUGAAUAAUUCAUAAUGUAAAUCUAAAUAUAAGAGUUUAAAACUUAAGAUUUUUUAAAUUGAUGGUAAUGGAUAAUGGGAAUAAAAUGUUUAUUUAUUUGUAUUAGAAAACAUUACAAAAAGGGAGGAAUUUAAAUUGCUUAAUCAUAAAUAUAAAUUUUAAUAGGCACUUUUAAAUUCAUUAUGUCAUGAAUUAAGAACUCCAAUUAAUGGUGUUAUUUCUUAAUUAUUUGCAUUAAAAGACGAAUUAACAAUUGACUUAAUUUAAUCUCAUCUAAAUCCUGCAAUUGUAUCAUCAAAGAGAUUAUAAUACUAAUUAAAUGAUAUAUUAGAUUAUGCUUAGAUUCAAUGUAAUGCCUUGACUCUAAAUAAAUCUUACUUUAAAUUAAAGGAAAUAUAUUAACAAUUGCAAGAAUUAUUUUAUUUUGAAUGUUUGUAGAAGUAAAUCUAAUUAGUAAUAGAAGAUGAUCAUUAAAUUAGAUUGCAUACUGAUAAAGAGAGAUUGCUAAGAAUUUUUAUUAAUUUACUUGAUAAUUCAGUUAAAUUUACAAAUAAAGGAGGAACAAUUAAAGUAUCAUCAGAAAUAUAUAAGGAUCACUUUAAAUUUAUUGUAUAUGAUAAUGGAUAAGGUAUAAAAGAUGAAAUCAUAGAAAAAAUUGAAGAAUAAGCAGAAAUAUUAUUUUAAGAUUCUAUCCAAUAUAAUUCAAAUAAAUUAGGUUUGGGAUUAAGAAUCUCGAUGUUGCUUUCAAAUUAUUUAUAUAAAGAGUAAACCUUCUAGAUAGAUUCUAAAUUUAAUUAAUAUACAAAAAUAAGUUUCAAAUUAUCAAAUUUAAUAGAAAAUUAUUCAGUAGAAUUUUAGAUGGGUGCUUAAUUAUCUAUGCUAGAAAAAAAUUGUAAUUGUAGUAAAAUAUUAAUUGUGGAUGAUAUAAUUUGUAAUCAUUUUGCACUUUAAGUUUUACUUAAGAAAUUUAAAAUAAAAACUGAUAGUGCUUACAAUGGAAAUUCUGCUAUAGAAUUAGUAGAAGAGAGAUUGAAAUAAUAAUGUUGCUAAACUUAUCGAUUAAUUUUUAUGGAUAUUGAAAUGCCAUAGAAAAAUGGAUUUCAAGCAUCUUCGGAAGUAAUUUAAAAUAUAAUAUAUUUAGAUAUCGUAAAAAUUAAGAUAAAAUUCUCUUAAUGACGAAUGUAUAAUUACUAUGUAUUCAGCUUAUUCAGGUGAUGAUGAUGUACUUAUAGCAAGUUAAUGUGGAAUGAAGGAACGAAUUUCAAAACCUACUGAUAUCUAAAAACUGGAGCACAUUAUUAAUAAGUAUUUACUUUGA